CGCUCUAAAGCAGCAGAUAAGGCGAGGCAACUGCGACCUCUGUCCCUCAUUAAUCGUUACGAUUUCUCGUCCUGUGUCAGUUAAUAGUUCUCAAUGCCUAGUCUCUAGUUCUUCACAUCGUUUCUCCCCACAGUAUUCAAGCAGAUUUAAAAUAAGAUCAACUUGUGUGACUUUACUUGAACUUAAAGUGAACAGAAAUGUCCACCAAGUUCGACCAGGGUUCCGCCAAGGCUUUGGAAGCCCUGAACUACAAGCUGUACCCGUCUCUCCAAGAUGACGUAGAGACGAUACGGGUUCUUAACCGUCGGGAAAAGGGGAGACAACUUGCCCUCCAGAGUCUCGUCAUCGAUAAGUUUGAGAAGCAGGCGGCUGCGAAUCCGAAGAAAGAAUUUCUCAUUUUCGAAGACAAUGUCUUCACGUACGAGUUUGUUGAUCAGAUGGCCUGCAAAGUGGCUAACAUUGCCAAGUCCUGGGGUUUGAAGGCUGGUCAGAACGUGGCCAUCAUGAUGGAGAAUGAGCCGGCCUUCGUGUGGACAUUUCUUGGUAACCCAAAGCCCGUGAAGGUCAGUCAGGGCCGAGCCAAUGCUCUCUGCAUUACUCUGCUGGCUGUCAGCUUAAACUCCUCUGAUCGUCUUUACAUUGUGCUACCCCUGUACCAUACAGUUGGGCUAGGUAUCGGGCUGUUUAGCGCUAUAUUUGUAGGUGCAACAGUUGUGCUGAGUCGCAAGUUCUCGGCUUCUCAUUUCUGGUCGGACUGUAGACGUCACGACGCAACGGUUUUUCUGUACAUCGGGGAGCUAUUCCGCUAUCUACUGGCACAGCCACAGAGCGAGCUGGACUCCAAGCAUUCAGUGAGAGCAGUGUACGGCAACGGCCUCCGUCGAGACAUCUGGUCAGAGGUAGAAAGACGUUUCCGCAUUCCACAAAUCAUGGAGUUUUUCGGAGCUACUGAAGGAACUAGUCUAUUUCUGAACGCCACAGGGAAGCCAGGAGCUGUGGGACGGCUGUCUCCACUGUUGUCUUUAUACAACGACGACAAAGCUCUUGUCAGAUUCGACUACGCCACCGCAGCACCUCUACGGGACAAAAAUGGACGCUGCAUGAAAGUGAACAUAGGAGAGCCAGGCCUGUGCCUGUCGAUAAUUCCACCAAAUGUGUUGGAAAAUGGAGCUUAUCGUAUCUACCACGGACCAAGCUCAAACAAUGAGAAGAAAAUGGCACGGGACGUGUUCCAGGAAGGAGAUGUGUACUUCAACUUUGGCGACGUGCUCGUCAUGGAUAAGGACUACUGGGUAUACUUCCACGACAGGAUCGGAGAUACAUUCAGAUGGAAAGGAGAAAAUGUUUCCACAUUAGAAGUGUCCAACGUGAUGACUUCUCUGUCUUUUGUAUAUGACGUCUACGUCUAUGGCGUCAAAGUCCCAGGGCAUGAUGGCAAAGCGGGAAUGGCUGCAGUGACCAUGAAUAAAGGCCAGAGUCUGGGACCAAAGGAGCUUCUGAAAUUAUAUGACCACGUGAUGGUGGAGCUUCCCAACUACGCAAGACCUUUGUUUUUGCGAAACUUAGGGCAACCGGUGAUUACGAACACUUUCAAACAACGCAAAGUGGAACUCAUCGUUGAAGGCUACGACCAAAAUGUAAUUACAGACCCUUUGUUUUUCUUGGAUCAUGAAAAUUCCACUUACAGUACUCUGACGCAGGGACAUCUUUCUAAACUUUUAUCCUCCAAGUUAUGAUUUUCUAGAUUUGACAGAAAGACGUUAUAUCUAAACCAAAUUUUGUGACAGAAAUCAUUUACAACCAGCACCUUAAGUUAAGGAAUUACAGAUCUGCUGUAUAGUGCGUGCUUUUGUGAAAAUUUAAAGUCUUCGUUGGUUACUAGCGUAUUGUUUUGUCGUUGCUAUGCUAUGUUUCCUUCUUAAUAAUGUUGGCCCGUCAUUCAUGUUGCUUUUGACACUUUUGUCUAGUGGAAACUUGUAAUGUGAAUUAAGCAAAGUAUGAUCUUUGAUUCUCAAUCUCACACUCAAGGUUUUUCAAUAGAAGAAAAAGAAAAAGAAGAAGAAGAAGAAGAAGAAGAAGAAGAAGAAGAAGAAGAAGAAGAAGAAA